AUGUUCUGUCGUUCUCAGGACCUUUGCUUCGAAGGGCAAUUUGAUCGUGGCCUUCGGGCACCCGGAGUUGGUCGCGUGAGCCUUCGAAAUGGUGUGGUCUACGAAGGUGAAUUUUUGGAUGGUAGGCGGCAUGGACAUGGGACCACAGAGAUCCCUGAAGCACUGCAGCAGCGCCUGGGUUUCAAAACCCAUGUUGGCCAGUACAAAGACGGACUCCGACACGGUCCGGGGGAGAUGGUCUUCGCAGACGGUGCAGUCUACAGGGGAGACUUCGAGAAAAACGGUCGCCAUGGCAAAGGCCUGUACAGGAACAGCGUGGGCAUUCCCAUUUUCGAUGGGCCUUGGAGCAGCGAUGAGCCUGGAACUGGCGCGGCCGAUGUUCUGUAUAGUUCAGGUCAUCGUUACAAGGGGCACGUGCAGAGCGGCGCUCGCGAGGGAGAGGGAACAUUGUGGCGUGACAGCCUGGAUGGUUCCAACUUGAUAUACACAGGGCAGUGGAAGGCAGAUGAAUUCCAUGGGGAUGGUGAGCUCCACUGUCCUGACGGCCUGUAUCGUGGACAGUUUGCGAAUGGCGUCAGAGAAGGAGAAGGUCGUUUUGAGUACAGCCGCGACACUUCGAGCUACUACCAGGGGCAGUGGAAGGAGGACCAACCGCAUGGCAUUGGAACAUGCGUUGACCAACACGGAGAAUAUGCGGACCGGGAGUUCGAAGAAGGGGAGCUCAGUAGACGCUACUUUUCGAGGUCGCGGAGUGUUUUCAAAGUGAAGCACACAUUGCCGGCGAUGAGUGUAAAGGUGGAGCCAGGACCGCAAGGCCUACCCCGGAGCUCAGUGAUUGGUGGACUCUUGGGUGAGGACAGUCUUCAAAGUUAAAGAGAAAGAGUCGAAAACAGUGAGAGAAAGAUGGAGAAGCGCCUCCGUUUUUCCUUGUCCAGACUCAUGAGGCCUCAUGUUCCUCCAGUUUGGCGGGGUCUCAUUUUCGAUCCUUGAGCUAACGCGGAACCAGGUUUGGCAGUUAUCCGUUGGAGGGAUCCAGAACUGGAUUCAGUUGAAUCACGUGUGUACAGCCUUCUUUUCUGACAAAUUUGGUCUUGCAGAGCUGUCAAAGUGAGCAUAAAGGGCCUGGAUUUGACCCUUUUCAAUUGAGGUACCCCAUUUCGUGGGUAAGGUCCGUGUUUGUAGAGAGCUGGGAGAGGGCACCCUAUCCCAAAACCCUACAGACUGCUCUGAGACCUAUGCGAAACGCGCGCGCUUAGAUCAGUUGUUCGGCAGUUUAUUCAUGUGAAAUACUCAUGGCAAUAGUUGCUUGCUCGCUUCUUCAUUUGUUCUCACUAUCGUUGUUUGGGAUUGAAUCUUGAAAAGCCUCUCAUCACCACGUGCUCAGUUUGAGUGAUUGAUGUCUGAUACACGGACUUGAGUUUCAACGCUCUUCCCUUAGCGGCUCGAUAAAGCACCCUUGUGGUGAAGAUUGAAGCAACUUUCAUUCAAGCCCGGCCUGAGAGUUUAGAAAACGUUGAGCAAGAAGCAAAUAACCUACUGAAACAAGGGAAAGUCAUUCCGACCUAGCGCGCCUGCCGUGUGCCAUUCGGGUGCGAAAUUUAGGGCAGGAAGUCCAACCCAGCGCUUUUGUGCGCCACCUGCUCAUCUGAUUUUGGCACCAGGAGGAACCAUUCCAACCUAGCACAGCCACCCGAGGGUGAAGUUUAGAGACUCAGUCUCAGGCAUUUGCCCCUGGCCACCAUAUGACCACAAGUGUAGGGAGUCGGUGAGCGCGCAAGUGGGUCGCUACGUGCACGUGAGGUGAUGUUUGCACACACAAGUUUGUUUUGCAACAUCACCACUUCACAAUAAUUAGAUCUUCGGGUCGGCUGUCAUCCCCGGGUGGGCAAGGGAUUUGACUUUUGCCUUCACAGGUGGGCUGGGUGCCACCGUACAUGGGCGCAUCUUGGCCCACAAGACGCAGCGUUUCAUUCACAAUCCUUCACACACAAGUAAGGGUCAGCAGACUAACGCCCAACCUCCGAGCGCUGUUGUUUGACCUGUCCUUCUUGGGGUUUCCUCGCUGCCUCUGAGUUUGUGGUCGUUGUAGUCUGGGCCUUUGGUUCUUUUCUUUACAAGUUUUCCCAUGCGCACAGUUUUCUGCUGACGCAUCAACCAAUAAAAUCACCCGGUCUCUUUGAACCACCAAUGAGGUCCCGAAAACAAACGUCGUUUUUGGUUCAGCUUUGGUUGUCGAACUCGAUUUGAAACUGGUCUCUCAAUGCGUUCAUACAGGCACCAAAGCAAUUUUUGAUGAUGCAAGUGAUGCCAAUAGCAUUCCCGAGGGUUCGGUUAGCUCAAAGAACUAUCUCAGUGCGAGUCAGCAUGCAUCAAAGGAAGGAGAAGCCGAUCCAGGAAUCGCUACUAUGCCAGCUCCUCUUCCCCUAAAACUUGAUUUGUACCUGGAGGAUGAGAUUUGGUUUGCGCUCAGUUUCCUUUACAGUUCGGAAUUUUGAUGGAACGCGAUCAGCUGAUAUUCCCUUUGUCGGAAUCUACUUGAGUGCCAGUUCCGAAGUUGGGAUCAGCUUGGCUCUGCCCCAGGCGAAAAGUUGCACAAGUUGAGCGCUCUCAAGUCGUUCUGUGGCCCCGUCGCUAUACCCACCCACACCCAGACCCAAUUCAAGUAGGGCUAAAAUCCGCCCGCACCGAAGGUGCUGAGGCAUUUUUAUAGGGCACGCAUUAUACCGCAAGUACCACAAGAAGUACCGCAAGUAGUACUGAUAGCUUUAGCUGGGGGGGGGGCAUUUUCGCUCUAGAAUCCUGUGUUUUUUCACGUUUUUGGAACCGGCUUAAAGUGCUGGAAGAUAAAUUCGUGCUAAUGUUAGCUAUCUUGAAGCCUUUAGGGAUGCAAGAAAUGCAAUUUUCUGCUUUGCAUCAUCUGAAUCAUCUGAGCGGUACAGUGUAAUUGGACUG